AUGGAAAAGAAUAACGACCAUCAAAAGCACCCUUAUUCAUGGCACCAGGCGACUGUCUUGUUGCUUGUCCCAUACGAGACUUCAAAGGAAGACAUUGUUGUCGUCAUUGAGCGCAAUCAUCUUCUAGCAGGAGUUCGAGGUCAGCAACCUAUAGUGAAGGGUCGACUCUACAGUAAUGUAGAUACUGUGAAUUCUGCAUGGCAACUUGAGCCACGCACCUCGCGGCUCUCUGCUAGGGAACGUACAACGUCUACCAUAUCAACAGCCUCUACGCAGUCAUCUUACGCAUUUGUAUCUGACCCGGAGAUAUCUAGCAGCUUUGCUGCAUCCCUUGAAAGCGGUCAGGUAUCGGAUUCAGAGGAGCCAGUUAUUUCGUCACCUGCCCUUUCAUCACCAAUUUCUUCCUCGGCAGAUGAACGUGUAGGCCCGGCGGUAUACCAAAGGCAGCAAACAGCUAGUUCCGGUCCUGCUUCACCAAGACUUCCAACUCAUGCGUUAUCAUCUUUCUCUUCGCUGGAGUCGUUGCAUUCACAUUCUGGUAGACUCUUAACGCUGCAUUUAGAGAAGGACCAGCCAAUUAUAUGGCCCUCUCUAAUUGUAGGUCCUGUUUCAGAAGAACUAUCACCUUAUGCUCCUAUGCCCAUACCAAAUCAGCUUAUUCCUGAACACAAAUACAAUAUGGAUCCUACAAGUCUAGUAUUGCUCGCAAUCGAGUUACAUGAUAUUCGGGAAGAUAAAGAAGAAGCUUUCGAAUAUUUUGUGCGAGCGUGGCACCAAGCUCACCUCCCUUCCGCAGCAGUGAAACUAGUUGCUUAUUAUCUUCCUAUCCAAACUUCUAUGGACCAUUAUGAUCCUGAAAAAGCUAGCGAACGUGGAUCAGUCUCUUACUAUGUUCACUCCGUGGGUGGUCCAUCUGGCUUGGGACAAUUAUUCAUGGAAGCAGGUCUUCUUCAUCUAGAAGGAGCAGCGACGAUUCUCUUAUCGGCUUCUUAUUCUGUGUUCUCGUCGAUCCGUAUCCCACAGCCCCAGUCAGGAGACAGUGGCACUGAAGCUUGGAGACGAGAUAGAGAAAUGGCGAUGCGCUUCUUUGACCGUGCUCGCGUUUUGAAUCCAGGACUUGAGAUCCCGGUACUGCCUCUUGAAAGCGAAGCCAGUCCCGGAAGCACUCAUGAGCUGGAAAUGCCGUCUAUCGAGGUCUAUCCUUCAGCUCCCCAGAGUGUUCAUUCUGGAGAAGAGUCCCAUCACUCGGAAUCAGGGGUUACUAUGCGGCGUAGGAGACAAAAGAAAGAUGAGCUGAUUUUCAUGGACGAUGUGAAGGCCAAAGACGACAUGGACAGUGCAUGGUAUCUCUAUAUUCCGAGCUUGGUGGGUGCAGGGACAGCGUUGCUAGUUGUUGGGGUGGUGGGUGCCCUGAGCUUCUCGUCCUGGAGACGCAAUCAGGGGUCUUGAGUAGAGCCCAUUGGUAUAGUUUAUGUGGUCCUUCAGUUCUAACCUUGCUGCAUGAACAUUCGCUGGUUGCUCAGUUUGCUUUGACUAGAUACAGCUUUCGUAGUUUUCAUGUGUAUUCAUUACAAGGGGUGUUUUUCAGUGUGUCAGGGGGUCAUCUAUACUAAUAUUUUCUUCAUGUGCGGGCCCGGUAUUAUCAUUUAUGACUCCAAUUCGUAUCGCUAGUAUAUCGUGUUGUUCGCAAUCGUGGGACUGGAACCUUUCAGACUGAUCCACCAGUACAAUGCCUCGCGCUAUUUGGGCAAACUCAUCGGUACCCUCUGACCGCAUUCGACCCUCGCCCCAGCCUGCUCAGAACCGACCAAAAAAUAAAGGGCAACCCAAGGAGCCACCUAAAAGUAAAGCGUUACGAAAGCUAGAGUCUUUAUUGAAGAGCAUUCACAAUUCGUCUGGUAGAGAGAAAGAUCCAGCGCAAGGAUGUUUUUGUCAAGCUCGGAGUCAUGACCUAUCUCCCUAUAAUCCAAUAUGUCGAUACUGUGGCCUGAUUCUCUGCUUGCUAAAUCUACCCAAUUUUGCAUGUCCACACUGCGGGUCCGAUCUUUUUACCCCGUCCACGAAGUUAUCUCUCGUUUCUCGCCUUGAAGAGGAGAUAACGGAGACAAUC